AUUCGCUGCAACCAGAUGCCCAGGACCGCGAGCCGCGGAUGGGUAUGGUCGUAUGUGAAACUUCGAGCUGAUUGUUUAACUUAAAUAACUACCUACUUCGGCACUGCCGCCCUCGAGCUCGAGCUGCGUGCCGUGACACCAAUUUUUUCCAAGACACCACACACGACUUCUCGCCAUUCAUCAUUCCGUUACCAAUCACAAACACCAGGCCGUCAUGAGCUGCCCUGCCGUUGAACUAGGUAACCGGAACCGUGUAUCCACCAGAUCAGCAGCUGUCGUUCAAGGGAUCAAUAUUCCUGAUAGAAGCAACACUCAUACUGGAACACCUCAUGAAUUUAGGCUACCUCCUACGGACACAGGCAAGGAUGCGUGGCUCUUUCUUGCCGCAUGCUGGGCCGUGGAAGCACUGGUGUGGGGCUUCGGUUUCUCCUUCGGAGUCUUUCAGGACUAUUACUCUUCUCACCUCCCUUUCCAAGACGACGGCAAUAUCGCGGUAGUCGGCACCACCACCCUAGGUGUCAUGUACAUUACCACGCCAUUUGUUAUCGCCCUCUGCCGACUACGCCCGCGUUGGGCGCGCUGGUUCACCCUCGCCGGGCUAGUCUCCGCCUCCCUUACCAUGGCGCUGAGCUCGUUGUGCACCACAGUUGCCCAGCUCAUCGCCACCCAGGGCGUUCUUUUCGGCAUCGGCGGGUGCUUUGCCUAUUGCCCCAGCAUCCUUUACAUCGACGAGUGGUUCUCCCGGCGCAAGGGCAUGGCCUACGGCAUCAUGUGGAGCGCGGCCGGUGUCGGCGGGGUUGUCCUGCCGCUGCUGCUCGAGUUCCUCCUGACGACUUACGGUUUCCGAACGGCGCUGCGGGUCUGGGCCGUGGUUCUGUUCUUGCUCUCCUUCCCGCUGUCCUUCCUAGUCAGGCCUAGACUGCCGAUACCGCCGGCGGCAACGGCCGGGCACCGCUCCAAUCUGCGUUGUGUCCUGUCCACACGGUUUCUGUUACACCAGUUUGCCAACAUUGUUCAGGCGACGGGGUACUUCUUGCCCGGUGUCUACCUUCCCUCCUACGUCCGUGCCGCUUUUGGCGUGUCCACCAUGCUGUCGGCCUUGACCGUACUGCUUGUCAAUGUGGCCGCUGCCGUGGGUUCCGUCGUUAUGGGUUGGAUGACGGACAGACUGAGGGUUACAACAUGCCUUGUGUUGUCAGGGGUCGGGGCCAGUGUUGCAGCGCUGGUGCUAUGGGGGUUAGCGUCGACGUUGGCGGGGGUGUAUGCGUUUUGUGUGGCUUAUGGUCUCUUUGCUGGCUGUUACACCUCUAUCUGGCCAGGCAUCAUGCGGGAGAUUGCGCGUCCGGCGGAAUCGGAAGAGCACAUCCACGCAUAUAUUGACCCAUCCUUACUUUUUGGGUUAUUAUGUGCUGGUAGGGGAAUUGGAAAUGUGGUUUCUGGUCCCUUAAGCGACUUGUUGAUCCGCGAUCGUUCGUGGCUGGGUCAGGCAACGGGGGGUUACGGGAGCGGUUACGGGAGCUUGAUUGUGUACACGGGGGUCACGGCGGCUGUUGGUGGGAGUGCGUUCUUUUGGAGGCGAAUUGGGGUGGUCUAGAAGUAAAAGAUGAAACACCUGGCUGGCACUCUGCGGCGGUGUCUCUGUGAGACGCGGUCAAGACUUGGAUGGGAUAUCCACGGAGGCAGCAACUGGUCAACCGUACGCUGCGCGCCAAACCUAGUACUGCCUCAAGGGUCUGGUCGGUCGGUUAAACGGCUCAUCGAAAUAGAUUAUUCUGCCUAGGUACUGCUCUACUGCUUGGAGUCUUCCACACGGUUUCAACCAAC